AAAAGUGCGAUUUUGUGGGGCUCUUGCCCGUUUAAGUGGGGGUUUUGGGGCCCUAGUGUUCAUACAUUGUGGCAGUGUUCUGCAUUACCGACGUGACUAAUCUGGGAGGUUUGGUGAAAUUUCUGUGGAAAAACCAUGCCGGCGUACCAUUCGGCGUUUUUGGAGCACCAACAAUCGGUCGGUAACACUGCCAUUUUGCCGUUUAAAACACAAUUUCGGGGGCCAGCGCCCCCAUUUGGGGGGCAACCCGGCGACCAGGAUAUCAUAGACGAGGCGCUUUAUUACUUCAAGGCCAAUGUUUUUUUCCGCACUUAUGAGAUCAAGUCGGAGGCCGACCGUUUGUUGAUUUACAUCACCCUGUACAUUACCGAGUGUCUCAAAAAACUGCAAAGGUGUGCGAACCGCAACCAGGGCCAGAAUGAGAUGUACACUUUGGCCAUUUCCCGGUUUGAUAUCCCGGGGGAUCCAGGGUUUCCCCUGAAUUCGGUGUAUAGUAAGGCGAAGUCGCCCGCCGAUGCUGAGUUCCUGAGGGCGUACUUAACCCAGUUGAGGCAGGAAGUGGGGCUGCGGGUCGUCGAUCGGGUCUUUGGGGAGGACGGGAAGCCGAGUAAAUGGUGGCUGUGUUUUGCCAAAAAGAAGUUCAUGGAUAAGUCGCUCUCAGGGCCGGGACAAUGAAUUUGCCAAUUUUUUAAUUAUUUGAUUCUGUAUUGUAUUAAUAAACCAUUUUUUUUUA